AUGAACGGUAUCACAUUCCCGGAAAUCUCACAACAGUUCAAAAUCGCUGAGAAGGCAAGAACUAAAUUGACUUCUUGUGUACAGGAAUAUUCCAUCAACGGUGAUUGUAAUUGGAGGAAACUGGUCGGUCAUGCUAAUUUGCUGGAUAGAAUUAAUGACAAUAUCAAAAAUUUGAAAUUUAACAUGACCAAGAACGACGUCGAGAACAAGCAACAGGUAGUACAACAAGAGGUCGACCACUUCGCUCUCGAGACGGAAGAAAGAGAUAAUAAUGAGAUAAUACAUCGUGAAGAUGUUCAAGACGCCAAUGCCAACGGGUGUUUCCAAUUCGACUCCGAAUCUGACUCAGAUUCGGAUUCAGAUUCAGACUCGGACUCGGGCUCGGAUUCUGAGCUGGACUCAGACCUACAAGAAAGUGACUACGACAGUGUCUCCGAUUCAGAUAACGAUUACGAUUACGAUUAUGAUGUCGAUUACGAUUUCGAAAUUACUGCCUUGACAGUGACUCAAUCAAACGAAAACGAUUCGGAUAUAACAGGUUAUAACUCCGACGAGGAAAAUAAACAAAAAAUUAUACUAAGAAAGCAAAGAACAUCACAACCACCAAAUCAUCAGCAAACAACACCAAGAAAGGUGACCACAACAGAUAUUCUACGCAAUGAUGACGAUGACGAUGACGAUGACGACCCGAAUUUAAACUUAUCAAAAUUCCAUUCAUUUGAAGACGAUGACAACGACGACGCUAAUGCAAAACAACAAACAAUCUACUAUACCCAUAAUCAAAGAGACAAUCAUGUACAACAUUUUAACGACUUACGAAUAAAGAGAUAUGCCACCUAUAAUAAUGACAAUAAGAAUAAUACAACAACUUCAACAACGACACCCACUAAUAAUAAUAUUUUAAAUGAAGCACCAAUAUCUGUUCAAUGA